GUUCUUCUACUCCACCGACUGUCUCUUUUCCUGGUAACAUGGCCAGCAAGAAAGUAAUUACAGUGUUUGGAGCAACAGGAGCUCAAGGUGGCUCUGUGGCCAGGGCAAUUUUGGAGAGCAAAAAAUUUGCCGUGAGGGCAGUGACCAGGGAUGUGACCCGACCAAAUGCCCUGGAGCUCCAGCGCCUUGGAGCUGAAGUGGUAAAAGGUGACCUGAAUGAUAAAGCAUCUGUAGACAGUGCCUUGAAAGGUGCCUAUGGGGUCUUCUUGGUGACCAACUUCUGGGACGCUCUCAACAAAGAUAAGGAAGUGUGUCAGGGGAAGCUGGUGGCAGACUCCGCCAAGCACCUGGGUCUGAAGCAUGUGGUGUACAGCGGCCUGGAGAACGUCAAGCGGCUGACGGACGGCAAGCUGGGGGUGCCGCACUUUGACAGCAAGGGCGAGGUGGAGGAGUACUUCUGGUCCAUUGGCAUCCCCAUGACCAGUGUCCGCGUGGCGGCCUACUUUGAAAACUUUCUCGCGGCGUGGCGGCCCGUGAAAGCCUCUGAUGGAGAUUACUACACCUUGGCUGUACCGAUGGGAGAUGUACCAAUGGAUGGUAUCUCUGUUGCUGAUAUUGGAGCAGCCGUGUCUAGCAUUUUUAAUUCUCCAGAGGAAUUUUUAGGCAAGGCCGUGGGGCUCAGUGCAGAAGCACUAACUAUACAGCAAUAUGCUGAUGUUUUGUCCAAGGUUUUGGGGAAAAAAGUCCGAGAUGCAAAGAUUACCCCGGAAGCUUUCGAGAAGCUAGGAUUCCCUGCAGCGAAGGAAAUAGCCAAUAUGUGUCGUUUCUAUCACAUGAAGCCAGACCGAGAUGUCAAGCUCACCCACCAACUAAAUCCCAAAGUCAAAAGCUUCAGCCAGUUUAUCUCGGAGAACCAGGGAGCCUUCAAGGGCAUGUAGAAAAUCAGCUGUUCAGAUAGGCCUCUGAACCACACAGCCUCUUUCCUCUCUGAUCCUUUUCCUCUUUACAGCAAACAUUCAUGUUGACAGAACAUGCUGGAAUGCAAUUGUUUGCAACAUCGAAGGAUUUCCUGCAGUCGCCUCUUCAGUAGGAAGCAUUGCAUUGGUGAUAGGACGCAGUAAUUUGAUUCACAUUUAACUUGCUAGUUAGUGAUAAGGGUGGUACACCUGUUUGGUAAAAUGAGCAGCCUCGGAACUUGGAGCUUCUCUCCUAACGCUAAUGGGAGGGCAGAUUAUACUGGGAUUUCUCCCGGGUGAGUGAUUUCAAGCCCUAACGCUGAAAUUCCCCUAGGCAGCUCCGGUUUUCUCAACUGCAUUGCAAAAUUCCCAGUGAACUUUAAAGUAAUUUUAACUUAAAAAAACGAACAUCGGCUGGGCACAGUGGCUCACGCCUGUAAUCCCAGCACUUUGGGAGGCCGAGGUGGGCGGAUCACCUGAGGUUGGGAGUUCGAGACCAGCCUGACUAACAUGGAGAAACCUCAUCUCUACUAAAAAUACAAAAUUAGCCGGGCGUGGUGGUGUGUGCCUGUAAUCCCAGCUUCUCCGGGGUGGCUGAGGCAGGAGAAUCGCUCGAACCCGGGAGGCGGAGGUUUCCGUGAGCCGAGAUUGUGCCAUUGCACUCCAGCCUGGGCAACAAGAGCAAAACUCCAUCUCAAAAAAAAAAAAAAAAACAAAAAAACCCCGAACAUCUUUGUAGAGAAUUUUCUGGGGAACAUGGUGUUCAAUGAACAAGCACAAGCAAUGGAAAUGCUAAAAUUCAGUUUUGCCUCAAGUUUGGAAGUUUAUUUUCUGACUCAUUCAUGAAGUCGUCUAUUGAGCCACCAUUCAAUUAUUCAUCUACUAAUUCCUUGAUCCUUCAUUUAUCCAUUCUGCAAACUUUUCUUGAGCACCAGCAUGGGUGGCCAUUUGUGGACUUCUCUUCAUUCCUAUGUGUUUUCUUAUCAAAGUGAUCCAUUCUCGAAAGGCUCCUUUCCAGUUUGUGGUUGGGUUCAAGUCAUGCCAGGGCCAGAGGGCCCAUCUCCUCAUUUAGCUCUAGGCAAAAUCCAGGGGAUCUGCAGUGGGGAGUGGGGGCAGGAAGCUGGAGGGAAAGCCUGUGAAGGGCAGGGAUAUGGAGAGAGGAGGUGACAGAAGGACCCCACAGGACCUUUCUAUAUCUCUGGCUUAGCAUUUUCUACAUCAUAUUGUAAUCGUCUUAUUUGCUAGUUUUCUUCCUUACUGUGAGUGACUUACACUCAUCUUUAUCCCAGUGCCUGGUACAUAAUAAGUGAUCAAUAAAUGUUGAUUGACUAAA